AUGCCUUCUUCCAUCCUCCUCAAAAACGGCACCGCCCUCAUCCACGACGCCAACGACCACGUCGACGCCCUCGUGACGGAUAUCCUCAUCGAAGGGGACAAGAUCGCGAAGAUCGCCAAGGACAUCCCAGCUCCAGCGGGUGCGGAAGUGAUUGAUUGUUCGGACAAGCUCGUUUCGCCUGGCUUCGUCGACACGCAUCACCAUGUCUGGCAGACGCAGUACAAAGGGCGACAUGCGAAUGAGACGCUGUGGCAGUAUAUGGCCACGGGGAACCUCACGUCGCAGCUUUUGAAUCCGACGGAUGCUUUCUGGGGCCAGUUGGCGGGUUGCAUGGAGAUGAUACAUGGCGGGACGACGACCGUGGUUGACUAUUGCCAUGUGACUUAUUCAGGCGAACAUGCUCGAAAAGCCAUCUCUGCGACACUGGCAUCCGGCAUCCGAUCCGUGUUCUGCUACGCCGCCAUGGCAAAGGUAACCUCUUGGAAACCGGUCACGAUUGACCUCAACGGACUUGCAGGAAACGUCAUGGCAGACUUCGAAGACGUCGCGAAGAAAGGACCCUAUGGCGACGACGGUCGAGUGACGGUUGGCUUCGGCUUCGACGGCUUUCCCUUCCUGCCUAAAGAGUAUGCCGCUCCCUUGAUGUCCAAGCUCAACGAGCUCAAGAUCGAGGUGAUCACGGUUCAUCACACCUGGUGGGACCUCGCAGGCACGAGCCCGACCGGUCUCGAGAAAGUCGACCAGAGUGGUGUCCUUGACAAUCGCUUCUUGUUGGCUCACUCGGGCAACUCGACACAGGCAGAUGCCGAUAUCAUGAAGAAGCACGGCAUCCAUGUAUCCUCCACACCAUCUACGGAAAUGCAAAUGGAGAUGGGUCUUCCGGUCAUGGCUUUCAGAACGGACCUUGGGAUUCAAAAUUUAUGCUCGUUUGGUGUCGAUUGCCAUUCCAACAACUCAGCGUACAUUCCAGACGAGGCCAGAAUCGGACUCCAGGGCGCGAGAGCAGCUCGAGCGCAGCCUCAUCUAGACAAGGGCAAGCUCGUCAGCCAAGUCGGUCACACGGUCGAGGAAACGUUCAACUUGGCCACGAUUUUCGGGGCACGAGGCGCGAAAAUGGGCGACAAAACCGGUAGCAUCGCAGAGGGCAAGCUCGCCGACCUUGUGCUGUUUGACAUGUCGUCUCCCGCAAUGGUGGCCGGAAGUAUCCACAACCCAAUUGCUGCCAUCAUAUUGCACAGCAGUCCAGCCGACAUUGAUACCGUCAUUGUUGGAGGUCAGAUCAGGAAACGGACCAGUAAGCUUCUGCCUGUGAAGUUGGAUGUCGAGGGGCAGAGUGUCGCUGGAAAAGAUCGCCUCGACUGGCCUGGUGUAGCGAAGGCCGUCGUCAAGUCUCGAGAAGGCCUCCAAAAGCAGAUCGAUGGGAUCGAUAUGGUUGAGGGAGCCGAUAGAGUCAAGGAUUGGUUCCACAUUACCGACUCGAUGCUCGUCGAUGUCCCAUAG